AUAGGUUGAUAAUGAUUUCAGUCAUCAGUCAUUUCAUCAGAAUAGCCUACAGUCGAUGACUUACAGGACCUACAUCAAUAUGAUGUCAUUCAUCGCAGCCGUAGAUGGAGCUUUUUAAACGAGGAUGUGUGGGUUUUUCCAUGUAAGAAUUCAGUAACUUGACUGAACUUGCUCCUGGCUCCACCCUCCGUUAGUCAGCCUACUACGUGUUAAGACUGGUGCUUUUAACUCACAAGCAUCUCGGUGAGAGGAGGGGAAAAAAAGACUUUCCCGGCCCUUAUCUGGAAGAAUAAAGCAGCUACACAGCUGUCGGAAGUUUGUCCAGUUUAAAUUUUAUCCGGUAUCUUCCCGUGGAGAGAACACAUCCAGUGAAGACCGGUUUCCUUCGCGUUUUUGCACUUAGAUGGAGUUCUGCAUGGAAACAAAUGAUAUUUGAACCCACAGACCGCAGCGGAGAGAGGAGGUGGGUGUCGGAUACAAGACUCUGUGUUCCUGUUCUUGUUCUUUUAUGCACGGACCUGUACAAGCUUGUUUGGUUUUGACAAUAGUGGGAAAAUUACCCAUUUGUUGCCGUUGCUGCCGCUGUGUGAUCUAAAACCCAUUCAAGUUUCAGAGAGCUCUUAAAGAUUGAAUCCUGGGAGAAAAAAACAAGUUCUGUAGGCAACUUUGCAGUGAAAGACAGGACACAGAAACAAACAAACAAACAACAACAAAAGACAUAAGUGAUUUCAAUACUGAAAUUAUGGCAUUGAAGGCCAGAGUGUUGUACGACUUCAACUCUGAAAACCCAGGGGAGAUCUCCAUAACCGAGAAUGAGCUGGUGACUCUGUUCAGCGAGGAGGAGCUGGAGGGCUGGCUGGAGGGGGAGAACAGCAGGGGGGAGGCUGGCCUCUUUCCUGCCUCCUAUGUGGAGAUCAUCAGGGACCACAUCACUUCCAACACCAACAACAAUGGCUUCUCCUCACCCAAAACCAAAGCCCAGACACCCACCCACACCUCCUACACAUCCUCAAGCACCCAGUCUCAGAGAGGACUCGGGGCCGGCAGCGGUGGCAGUGGUGGAGGCAGCUUCCACACCAGCCAGGGCAGUGAUGACGAUUGGGAUGAUGACUGGGACGACAGCUCUCCUGCAACUGAUACGCCUCAGGGCCUCGGCAGCACGCCCCCCCUGUACCCGGUGACUUCUUCAUUGCCUGGGCGACGUGAAAGCACCCAACAGCCUCAGCAGCAAGCCAAAAGCUCAGCAACAGUGGGAAGGAAUCUGAACAGGUUCUCCACCUUCGUCAAAUCCGGAGGAGAGGCCUUCCUGCUCGGGGAGGCCUCUGGUUUUGUGAAAGAUGGGGACAGGAUCUGUGUGGUGAUGGGGAAGCAUGGACCCGAGUGGCAGGAGAACCCAUAUCCAUUCACAUGUACCAUUGAUGACCCCACCAAACAGACCAAGUUUAAAGGCAUGAAGAGCUACAUGUCCUACGGCCUGACCCCGACGCACACCAAUGUUCAAGUCAACCGCAGGUAUAAACACUUCGACUGGCUGUACGCUCGUCUCGUGGAGCGUUUCCCUGUCAUCUCAGUGCCCCACCUGCCAGAGAAGCAGGCCACCGGCCGCUUUGAAGAGGACUUCAUCUCCAAGCGGAGGAAGGGAUUGAUCUGGUGGAUGAACCACAUGACCAGCCACCCUGUGCUGGCGCGCUGCGACGUUUUCCAGCAUUUUCUGACAUGCGGGGCAGAUGAGAAGGCCUGGAAACAGGGCAAGAGGAAGGCAGAGAGGGACGAGCUGGUUGGGGCCAAUUUCUUCCUCACAAUCAGCACGCCUUCUGUCCCACUGGACCUCCAGGAGGUGGAGAGCAAGAUAGAAGGUUUCAAGACCUUCACCAAGAGGAUGGACGAGAACAUCGUGGUUGUGAACACCACCAUCAACGAGUUUGCUCGCAAACAGGCAACAGGGUUUAAGAAGGAGUACCAGAAAGUUGGACAGUCCUUCAAACUCCUGGCACAGGCAUUUGAGCUCGACCAGCAGGCCUACUCAGCUGGCCUGAACAAAGCCCUUGCUGAAACUGGUGAGGCCUACGAAGCUAUUGGCGAGUACUUUGCUGAGCAGCCACGCCAGGACUUGGAUCCCAUUUCUGACCUGCUGGACCUCUAUAGAGGACACUUGGCCAAUUUUCCUGACAUCAUCCACGUGCAGAAAGGCGCCCUGACCAAGGUAAAAGACUGUCCAAAGCAGGAAGGUGAGCUCCACGACCGCUGCAAUAUCAUUUCCUGUGCCACGCUGGCGGAGAUCCAGCACUUCCACCGUACACGUGUACGUGAUUUCCGCUCGCAAAUGCAGCACCACCUCCAUCAGCAGAUCAGCUUCUUUCAGAAGAUCACUGCCAAGCUGGAGGACGUGCUCCGGAGAUAUGAUGAUGACCAGUAGGAAGAAAGAAAGAAGAUGCAUUAUGAAGGCCUUGAGGAAAUGGGGAGAGACUUGAAGGUUGGGAGGGGCAGGGUUGAUGGGUUUGUCCUCGAGUAAUGGAGAACAUCUCUUUGUUCUUUAAGAAAUAAAAGUAUUUGAUGCCAUAGAUGCUGGGCCUGGUACAAGUGUUGGAAGAAAUAUACCACUCUUUUAAAUAUAGGUCCCUGGACUAUGGAAUGACAACUUCUUGGAUUAUAUGGACGGCUCUGAUGAAUGUACCAGUAACAGGGAUUUUGCUGAUGCCCCAGACACAUCUUGCAACUCUGCGGGACUGCAAAGAUAUUAAAACCAGCUGCUCACAGUAUGACGGGGCUGCUUCUCGUUUCAGGGUCACGUGAUCUCUCCAUGUCUUCACUGCCUCACCACUUCACGAAAACCCUCCCUCCGAGAACACGGUAACUCAACAGAGUGGAAGUUUUAAUGAUUGAAAGACAGGAUUUAAUGAAUUUAAUAUUUUUUGUUUUCUCUGCAUCUGUUUUUACUUGAAUAACCUGAUCAGUAUUGUUUUGAUAGUAUGGAGGUCAUUUUUAUGAAUAUGGAAAGAGGCAAGCUGGGCAUAAUCUACUCCGUUGAAUCAGUUUAGUUCUUGGAUGUCUAACGUCUCUCACAACUCAAAUCCUGUCACAUUUUUACCGUAUUGCAAUAUGAAGCCUUGGCUUCAGGAUUUUAGUUUGUGUUUCCUGUUCUAAAACAAUAAUUGAUGUGACUGAUCUUAAAUUUUUGGCAAACUCUUUGCUGUGCCUCAGUCUUUUUCUUUAGGUUACUGCAGGUCUUGGGUUAUUAAAACCCAAAGUCCAUGUGGGAAGACUGGAGGCUCAGGGCACAGACAUUUCACUGUGAUGAAUGUUUCCUUGCUUUCUGGCAUUAAAGCUUUGAAUCCAGAUCUCUCAGAUUUAAAGCCACUAUCUGUUGACUUAUUGUAGCAUAUUUCAAAUUACAAAUUCUUCUGAUGGAAUGUUUUUUUGUUUGUUUGUUUUUCUUUUUGUAAAAGACUUUGACAAUCUUGGGUAAAAUCACAGUGUUUUGUUCACAUCAUCCCUCUCAGACGGCUUAGUGGUGCUGUAUUUUUCAAUACUACCACUUGGGGGUGCUAAAGUUGAACAUUUUCAAAAUUCUACUGCGAAGUUGUACAUAUAGUGGCUUUAAGGACGCUUACUCUUCUCGGUAUGCUAACCAUCUACCCUAAAACAUUCUUGUUAAACCAGUAAGUGACCUGAAUAAGCUCAGAGAGCUGUUUGUUGGUACUGGGCUUGAAAAAUCUUCUCAAUAAAAGCUGGAAUCUUUUAACUUUCAGUAGACAACAUCCUCUACUGAUUGAUUCAGAAAUACAGAAUUCACAAUGAUAAAACUGUUUCUUAACACUUUUAUUGUAACACAAAAGAACAGCGUUACAUUAAAUAAAUGAAAGUAGAAUCUAUUUUAA